GAAAGUAGGCAAGAAAGUAAGUCAGGAUUUGAGUACGGAUCCUCUGCCCCUCAAGCUUUUCCUUCCCAUAGCCAUGGAAAGUAGUCCUCAAAAUGUUCUGCCCCUGCUACUCAUCUCCAGUUUCAUCCUAGCCAUGGUCAGUCCAUCCUUGUCAUGUGCCACUUAUUGUGAAGCCAAGAUAGAUGAGACCUGGUACCUGCGCCAAGUUGGCAGUGGACCAAACCAGAACCAAGUGAUAGUAGUUAACUCAACGGCCCCAGCAACAACUAGCUUUGGCAUGAUCGCCGUGAACAAUUGGGCAGUGCUUGUUGCACCCGAUCCCAACGCUGUUGUCGUUGCUCAUGCGAGAGGCCUGCAUGUGCAGGCUGGCCAAGCUGGUACUGCUUCCUGGUACACCACUUUCAGCUUGGUGUUUGAGGGGCCUAGGUUCAAUGGGUCAACAUUACAUGCAACGGGGAUCACCGGCUUCGAGGGCCAGUGGGUUGUUGGUGGUGGGACUGGAGAACUGGCAUCGGCACACGGCGUCAUCAAGCACAAAAUACUCACAGGCUUGGGCUCGGCCGUUGAGAAUUAUAGACAGCUAGAUAUACAGGCAUUCUACAGUCUACACCCCGCCAACGGUUAA